AUGGCUUUGUCUUUACUCUCUACAGCUCUUUGCCUCAUUCUCAUAUUUUCGCAAUCAUUACCAUCAUCUGUAUCAUCAUCAAAAGAAACCAACUUUCUUGAUCAAGACCCUACAGCCUAUGAAAUCUUGGGUGACUACAACUUUCCUAAAGGACUACUUCCUAAAGGUGUUGUUGCCUAUUCUCUUGACACAGCAACAGGUAAAUUCUCUGCAUUCUUGAAUGGUACUUGCAGUUUUUCUCUUGAAGGAUCAUACCAGUUACAGUACAAGUCAAGUAUCGAUGGUUAUAUUUCGAAAGGGAGACUUUCAAGAUUGCGAGGGGUUAGUGUGAAGUUGUUUUUCAUGUGGGUUGAUAUUAUUGAGGUUUCAAGAAAUGGUGAUGAUCUUGAAUUCUCUGUUGGGAUUGCUGGUGCUGGUUUUCCUAUUGAUAAUUUUGAAGAGUGUCCUCAAUGUGGUUGUGGUUUGAAUUGUGUUGGUGAUAAUAGGAAAGUAAGCAAGAUUAGAUCUAACCCUUUUGUAUCUUCUUCUUAG